AUGCCCCCUUCUAUGAUAUCGACCUCUAUCUCUACCCAGGAAGACAUGGAAGCUUUACCAAUCAUCGACUACCGCCUCAUCAACCUGGACACAGGCUACUAUCGUCGCCAGAUGGAACACUUCGAGUACUACUGGGGUAUGGAGAAAGGGACACUUGAUCUCUCGACACCGCUGAACCAUAUACAACUUCGCAGCGACAUGGCCGAGCGUAUGGACAACUCCGAGUGGGCUAUCCUUCUUACCAAGAAGACACUUGACACUAUCAAGGCCUUGACCGAGUUCAAUACGACCGCAGGCAUGAACAAAAGGAAGCACUUCACCGCAGAACUUCCAGAACAAGAGUACGAAUAUGAAUUCCUGCCGCUAUCCAUCACCAGGCGAGACCGACCGUCGAUGUACCUCAAGCGAGGCUUGACGGUCAGGACGAUCAAGAAGGCGUAUUCCAAGAUGCCGCGUAUCAGGUCUCGCGCACAUCCCCUCUUCGUGAUCUUCCACGCAUAUCAUCAAAUCCUGUCUGGUUAUUCGCUCUCGGGCGCGAAAGCGGAGCGACUUAUCCACCUUACGAGUGCCGUGAUAUGCCCAUGGAACAAGUCACCACCUGUCGAGUUCACCGUGGGGCCCGAUGUCUGGCAGAAACACCGACAUCCUUCUAGCGAUGACGGUUCCGUUGCGCGUGCCCAGCUGAAGACCUGCAAUCCUUCGCGCGGGCAGAGGCCGGAGCGCGCCGCACGCAAGUCUACUCGCGCCCCUUCUCCCCAGCUCAAGCAUCACCAGGACAGGCCCUCCAUCUAUGACCAUGCACAGCGACGGCCAUCUCCUCCCAAAUCAGCCGUUCUUCCUCGAAGUGCCCGAGCUUCCGAGUCCGGGUCCUCUGACAGCGUCGUCGAUGUCAAGUUCUCGCCGACCGACCUCCGAGACUGGCUGGAAUCUAUCAGCCCUGAGCCGAAGUCCAAGUCGAAGAACGCUUACCCCCCUUCACCAAAAUGCGACGCCGUUCUUGCGCGGUAUCGCAAGGAGUCGGCUCGCGAGCCUCGAAAUGCACUCCGCGUCACCCUGAUGCUCACGACCAGCGGAUUGGUGGGUGGGGGCAACUCCGAGACAAGUCGCUCCAUCUAUUGUAGCAACGACUGGACGAUGAAUAUCUAUGACAAGUGCCUAUGGUCGUCGAAUCCUCCCGAGGGAGCCCAAUUCGACUACAUCGACCUCAUCCCAUAA